AUGGGAGUUUGUUCGUCCGAUGUCAACAUGUCGAAAUAUCUAGGAUCUGCAGUGCUCGAUGGGCACUUGUAUGCAGCAGGUGGAAGAGAUGAGUCAUCCAAUGACCUUAGCUCAGUUGAGAAAUACAACCCUCUUACUGAUGAAUGGACCGAAGUGGCUGCAAUGAAGGAGAAGCGAUGGAAUGUGAAACUUGUCGUUGCCAAUGAAAAACUUUAUGCUGUGGGUGGACAUGGCACUUCUGACCAGGAUUCCGUUGAAGUUUUCGAUCCUAAGACAAAUAAGUGGGCUAUUCACAGUUACCUGAAUGAAAAACGAGACUGGAGCAGGUGUUGGUGUCAUCCGAAUGCCAUUACCGUAAUAGCAGCGGCAGCUGGAAUGGGAUUCAGGAGUUGCAACAUCUUUUCACAUCUCAGACCUGCAUUCCUUCUGAUUUGA